AUGGCUAAUAAGCAGAUCUACUAUUCCGACAAGUAUUUUGACGAGCAGUACGAGUAUCAACACGUGAUGCUGCCAAGAGAACUUUCAAAGCAAGUACCAAAAACUCAUCUAAUGUCUCAAGAGGAAUGGAGAUGACUUGGUGUUCAGCAAAGUCUUGACUGGGCUCACUACAUGAUCCAUGAGCCGGAGCCACAUAUUCUUCUCUUCAUAAGACCUCUUCCAAAGAAUGAGAAAAAAUGA